AUGAAAGAAAACUUCCGUAGUCAAAGCUCUCCUUCUUUCUCUUCUUCUCCACGUCUUUUCCCUCAGCUUGUGAACUCGUCACUAGGAAAAUUAUCAGUUAAGACCUUCACUCACAUACCAUCGAACAUCCUCGAAAAAAGGCUCUUAGAAACCCGUGAGCCAAGUAAAGAAUCAGUUCGUCAUGUUGCCACACAAAUUCAUCGGUCAUUUUCUCAGAUUGGUUUUGCAUACUUAAUAAAUCACGGAUUUCCCAAAGAACAGGUCCUAGCAGUGCAGCAAAAAUCCCUGGAGUUUUUUAAACUCCCAAUCAACGUGAAGGAAAAGUACAAAAGGUCUCUACCUUAUGGCCUGGGAGGAUAUCUUAGCUUUAAUAAAGAGAUUCUUCAGCCAGGCGUACAACAAGAAAUGAAGGAGACAUUUGAAAUGAUCAAAGCUGACUCUGUAUUUCCUGCUGCUGAUGAAGUCCCUGGGUUUAAGCAAUCCUGUGUAAACUUCCUGGACUCCUGUAGAACUCUAUCUCGUCGUUUCUUGAAAGUUCUUGCAGUUGCUUUAGGUGGAAUCAAGAACAGGAAAAUGGGUCUCAGCCACUCCGCUAAAUGAUUCUAUUGUAGUCAACAUCGGGGGCAUGAUGGCUAUAUGGACUGAUGGGGCAUACCAAGCAACGCGUCAUCGAGUCUUAGUGCCAGAAGAAGAAGCUAAAAGACAAAGAUCAAGAAGUUCUAUUGCCUUUUUUUGUCAAUCCGGAUGAUGCUGUUACUGUAGAACCACUUAAUGGGUGGAAAACAUUCCCUGCUGUGAACGUCAAAGAUUAUAUAUAUGGUAGAUUUAUGGACACGUUUCAGUAUUGAUGAUUAAGAAUAAACAAAAAGUUAU